AUGCUUCGACGCAGUCUGGCGCUGCGGAUCGGCGCGGAGGGCGGCAUAUUCAUCUCCGUCGUGAAGGACAAGAAGUACCUAGAGCACCGCCUCGCACUCCUGGGUAAAGCGGACCCGACGAUGCAGCCAAAGCCGCUAAGCGACGAGGCGGUGCAGCGCUUCACCUCCUCCGUCAGCAGCGCGGAGUCGCUCUUCAACAAGGCUGCCGGCGCGCAGCCGUCGAACAUCGUCAACGAGGCAACAGGUGUGCCGAUUGGCAGCACGCAGCUCAACCCGACGCGCUACGGCGACUGGGAGAGCAACGGCCGUUGCCAUGACUUCUGA